AUGCCACCGAAAAGACUUCGUUCACCUGGUGACAAUCCUUUGCGUCGAGGGGUGCCGCUAAACAGCCAGGCACUGGAGUUGCUACGCAGAACUCGUGAGUUUUACGAGCAGGAGAAAAACUACCAACAGCAGCAGUCGCAGCCGCUGCCGAGGACUUCCGAGGAGCCCGCCAGGCCGCGCGGGCUCUACAGCAUAGACCAGAUCCUGGGCACCGCCUCCGUGAAGGAAGAGACGGACUGCGGCCGCGCGGAGAGCGGCUCGACGACAUCCGGAGACCUGGACGCGGCAGAGGCGGACGCCGAGGAGGCCAAGCCCCGCAAGGUGCGCCGCUCCAGGACCACCUUCACCACGUUCCAGCUGCACCAGCUGGAGCGCGCCUUCGAGAAGACGCAGUAUCCGGACGUGUUCACCCGCGAGGAGCUCGCAAUGCGGCUCGACCUCAGCGAGGCGCGCGUCCAGGUGUGGUUUCAGAACCGAAGAGCAAAAUGGCGCAAACGGGAGAAGGCGCUAGGCAGGGAAACUGCCGGCUUCCUACACGGCGAUCAGCCAGGUCUGGCUGACUUCGUGCCGUCGCCGCUGGGUCUGCCGCCUCUGCCUCCGGAUCCUUUCUGGCCGGGGGCGGCGCUGGGUUUCACCCCGGUGUUCGGGCUGGGUCUGCCGUGGGGGCCGGGCGGCAAGGCCGGCCACCCACCGCCGCCGCUGCAGGCGCUGCUGUCGCAGUACAUGCUGGCCGGAGGCGGUCUGCCGCUGGCCGCCGCCUUCCCGCUGCCGCCCCCGCUGCCGCACGCCGCGCAGCAGCACCAGCAUCAGCAGCCGCCCCCGCAGCCGCAGGAGCGGCCGUCGCCCCCGCCGCCUCCGCCGGCUCCGGAGCGCGCCGCCUCCCCGCAGCCGUGCGCGUCACCGGAGUCCCGCAAACACAGUAUCGAAGCACUACGCAUGCGCGCCAAGGAGCACCAGGUGGCGCUGCAGCAGCGUCUCGCCGCCGUCGCCGCCGCAGCCGCCUCCGCGUCUUCGCCGCCCCCGCCGGCACCGCCGGGCGCCGCCUCCACCCCGCCGGUUCCCGCCAAGUCGUAG